AUGUGCACCACCGACGUUUACACCUACGUCUACCCCGACGGCCGGAGGGCUGAGGAACAGCAACCCACCUUUUGCUCUGCUUCCCGCAACGGCCGCCUUUGCGCCAACCCUGUCAUCUACAACCACCCGCCGCGUCCAGUCGGCUACCCUUCACCAGUGCCCAUGUAUGCUCCUGUCGGACCAGCAUACCCAUUUCCUCAGCAGAUGCCGCCCUCUCCUCCCAUGAGCUCACCACGCGGAACUUCCUCGGGCAAUGAAGGAGGCCGCGCUCGUCGCGAAUCUUCUUCGAGCGAGAGAAAGCACCGCCAAUCCGGAGUAUACGUAAACGGUCAAAGGGUAUUGGACCUCAACCGCAAGCACCGGUCACGUAACGAGCGCAUCGUGAUUGUCGACUCUCCACCCACCCCGCGCACACCACCAAAGCAAUUCGCUUCACCUUACACCGCGCCGCCUUCACCCAUUGCAGGCGGCGAGAACCCUCAGUUCCGCUACAGCCACGUCCGCCGCGACUCUCUUCGCCCAGUCAUCGUCGAUGAGCGCCCGCGGUCCAAGGUCGAGAUUGAGGUUAUCGACAACAAGCACCGCCGCCAUCACUCUUCUGAAUCGCGCCACAGCUACCACAGCGCCGAGGAGGAGGAGCGCCGCCGCCGUCACCGAGAUCACAAGGAGCGUGAAGAGCGCAAACGCCAGGAGGAGGAUCGCCAAGUUAAGAAGCAACUACGCAUCGCUGAGCAAAACGCCAAGAUUGCCAGCCGCACCGCCGUACCCGUCCCUCCCGCUCCUUUGAACCGCACCUCUACUGGCUACGGUUCCCGAUACCAAGAGGACUUGUUGGCAGAUGCUCUUCGCCGUAUGGAAGUUGUCGACCAUCUCACGGCAAGAGCUGAGGAUGAGGAAGAAGCCCAGCGCCGCCGACUCAAGGAGCGGAUGACACCCCACCGCCGGGCUACCGUGGGGCCGGGUACACGGAGGCACCGCGUUCUCUACGACGAUGGUCUCUGGCGAUGGGAGUAA